UUAAGAGUAAGGAUUCAUGGACCUAUUAGCCCAUUCAUGUUUUCCCAAAUUUUCUAACCCUAACCCAACUCUUAUCACUCUCGGAGCAUCUUUCUCACAUCCCCCACCACAGGCAUCAACGCCCACGCGCCGCUGCCGUUGUUCCUGCCGCCACCAUUACCGCGAAGACUCAGUUACGCAGCUCCGCUAAUCGUCGGCGUGAACGACGCCCUCUCUGCAUUCUAAAGUUGUGUCUGUCGUCGCAACAGCUUUCUUUUCAUUUCAAUGACGAAGAAGAGUUCUAAAACAACACCAAAUCAGUUGCAGGAGAAUACUGUUGCAAAAGAGGAGAAACCCUCUUCUACACCAAAAAAAGCAUGUAAUGAAAUUGAUGAAAUAUUUGCUGGAAAAAAGAGGAAGAAGUCUGAAAUGAAAAACACUGGAAAAUCUGACGGAGUAAAUAAGAGUACUGAUAAAACAAAGGAGAAGAAGAAGAAGAAGAAUGUGAAGAGGAAAACAGAUGGAUCAGACGAUGGUGAGUUUGCAGACCGACCUUCUGGACCAAAAAGAAAAACCGAGGACGGGUUUACCAUCUACACUGAAGAUGAGUUAGGUAUUAAUAAAGCUGAUGCUGGAAAUACCCCUCUCUGCCCAUUUGACUGCUCUUGUUGCUUUUGAUGGUAAUUGUAUAAUGUUAUAUGCACUCAAUUCCUUGCUCUGGUAAUUGACAGUGUUGGGGUUGUCACUUACAGUCUUGGAUUUGUAAGCUAGGGGGCAUAGCUUUUUACUUAAUUAUAUUUAUAGUUGGGCAAAACUUGAAUUCUCUAGAUCUAGAUACGAUACCUUGGGUGAUUUCAGCUGGAAUUUUGCAGCAGUUAUUUCCUCCCAUGUAGCACAGUUGUUCAUCAUGCAUGGCACUUAUGCUUGUAAGUUUGAGAAUGUUUUAAAAGCGGGGAGUGUUCUGGGC